ACUGCAUUCUGCUACUUCCGGUUUCAAAGUUGAUUGAAGACGCAACACGUAAGCGCUUAGUUUUCUAUUACGUGUUACUUUUUCGAUACAAUGGAAUGGUUCUCAGGAAAUAUUCCACAGGCUAUUCAAACUUCAAAGUCCAGGGGUUCCAUUUUCGUCGUUUAUAUUACCGGCGAUGAUGAUGAUGAUUCAAAACACAUGGACGAAGCAUGGAACAACCCAGAAGUUUCACAGAUGUGUAAAAAAGGCUCAGUUGUCGCCAUCAAAAUCAGCGCAAGCAGUGAGGCUUGCACAUUUUUCUCACAAAUAUAUCCAGUUGUCAUCCUACCGGCUGCCUAUUUUAUUGGGGAUAAUGGCACACCACUGGAAGUUAUUGGAGGCAAAGUAGAGCUGCAAACCUUCAAAGAAAAAGUAAAAAAUGUGCUAGAGUUACAUCGAAACAGCAAAAGUCUGGGCACAGCAUCACAGCCACAGGCUACUUCAACACGGAGUGAUAAACCACACUCUGCAGUAGAUCCAGCUUCCACCAAAGCAGCUGUGGCCAGUUCAAGAAAAACUGGAGCAGAAGCAGCAGAAGAAGUGGCAUUAGAUGAUACAUCAUCAGAUGAAAAUGAAGACACAUCAAAAGGGGAUAUACAGGUCCGCGUUGAAAGAGCUAAAGAAAAGAUUGAACAGAGAAGGACUGAAAAAGCAAGGAAAGAAGCAGAGGAGGAGAGACAGAAAGAGAUUGAAAGGAGAAAAUUUGGCCAGAAUGUUCAACAACUGCGACAGAAUCAACAUGAGCAAGAGCUGAGAGAGGUGAAGGAACAGCUUCGUAAAGAAAAAGAGGAGCAGCGCAAAGCCCGUGAGCGAAUAAAGCAAGAGAUUGAACGAGACAGAGCUGAGCGCAAUGCUAAGUUCCAAAAAGAAAAGUUUGAGAAGCAGCAGGUGAUGGAAGAAGCCAGAAGAAAUACGAUGCUGAAGAAACAGAAAGAGGCAGCUGAAGCAGAAGUACGCAGAAGCGAAAUAGCAAGAAUUCAGUUCCGGUUCCCAGAUGGUGCCUCUGUUUCUCAACAAUUUCCAUCCUCACAAACCUUACAGGCUGCAUAUGACUUCAUCUCCGAGAGAUUUGGGGGCGCUGUGACCUUAUCCACUGCCUUCCCGAAGAGAACAUUUUGCCAAGAAGAUUUGGCAUCUACUUUUAUUGAGCUGGAGCUUGCACCUACAGCUGUGAUAUUGGUAGUUCCAGUCUCUGGCUUACCAUUUGGCAGUCGUUUGGGAAAUAGUGGUGGUGGUGGUAUUCUGUCUCUCCUGGUUAGCCCUUUUGUGUUUAUCUGGAAUUUCUUCAUGUCCUUAAUUUUUCCUGCACCUGCUGUGACAAACAACUCAAAUUCCAGUGCACAGGCUAGCACUUCUGCAGCAGGGGGCGAUCGAACGAAAUCUUCAACAAAUGCAUUUAGGAGACCAGCAGGAGGAAAUCGCAGUCGACAAGAUGGCAACAUUCGCCGCUUGAGGAAUUCCAGUGAUGAAGAGGAUGAAAAUGCAACGUGGAAUGGAAAUUCCACUCAACAGAUGUGAUUUGAAAUCUGGUAUGUCCUUGUGAGUGUAUGAGAAGGGGAGGGUAAAUAUAGUGGGUGGAAAAUGGAAGAGCAUUUGUUUGGAGAGAAGGAUAUUGUCUUAAGACCACAUCUUUUCAUUCAGGUCUGUUUCUGUAUUUGGAGAUACUCUUGCGGCAGCAUGUAUCAAGAAUUGACUGCCCCAAACGAAGGUGUAUAUGGUCAUUUGUAUUCAGACUGAUGUCAGACACUUUACUGCCUUCAAUUACAGACACUUGAUGAGGGCAUUUUACUUGCAGAGACAAGAUUAACGUCUUUCUUGAUCCCAAAGCACAGUCUGUUUUUUUAAACAAGCCACUGAUCAGAUCAAUUUGGGGAUUUGUGGCAUCUAUACCUUUGCAAUGAGACGUUAAGGAAUCUUGAUUUGCUUCAUAAUAUAAAGCUGAAGUGUUUAAUGUAUUUCCCCCUUUCAACAGCUUUCAACUGUCCUAGAACUACAGGGUGCUGAGGACAGGGUGAGGUGCAGUGCUGUCAUGAUUGCAGAUGUUAAUACUUUUUAUUGUGCAGUCAUUAUGGCUUUGUGCAAAUAAAUGGAAUGAUGUCUUU